AUGCCUGAUGCACCGGCACCAGCACCUCCACGAGCUCAGCGAAACAAUUCCAACGCUAGAAGUCACCGUCCACGAAACGCCCUAACUGGUGAGGUGGAUCAUCCAAGGAGGGCCCGUAGUCGUCCACCCCAACGUGCAGCUGAAGAUCAGAAUGUGGGUGCAGUUCCAGAGGUUCCACCGAUUAUUUCUGAAGACGGAAACGAACCUGAACCUAUACUUGCACCUUCACGAGCACCUCCACGAGCACGUCCACGAGGACAGCGAACAAAUGCCAGAAGGCAGCAUCGACGUGCCGCUGAGGAUCAAAAUCCUGAUGCAGUUCCAGCGGUUCCACCUGAACCUGAAUCUGUACCUACACCUCCACGAGCACAGCAAACGAAUCCCAGGAGGCAAUCUCGACGUACUGCACAGGAUCAAAACCAGGAAGUACUUCCAGAAGUUCAUCUCGAACUUGAACCUGCACCCGCACCUCCACGAGCUCGUCCUCGAGCACAGCGAACGAAUCCCAGGAAUCAACGUCGACGAACUGUCGCAGCUGGCGAGGCAGCUCCUCCGAGGAGAGGUCGCGGUGGUCCACGUCGACCUGCUAUGGAGAUCGCAGAACCUGCUGCUCUUACGGAACCUGCGGAUAUUGCACAACCUACAGAUGCCGCAGGCACACCAGAGGCUGUCGAACCUACAGAUGACCUGGGACACGGAGAUCAAGCCGAAACUGCAGAUGAAGAUCCAGUUGUAGCUCCACAGAGUCCCCAGUUGAUCGCUGGAGUUGCGGCACAACCUACAGAGGAUGCGCAAUUUGCAGAGAACACAGAGUCAGCAGAUGCUGCGAACUCUCUUGAUAUGGCCCAUAGCGGAGUAGCCCAUUUGAUCUUGGUUUUCUUAUGA